CAUUUCGAAGAGCUUUUGGAAGUCACAUUUUUCUUGAAAGUUGGCUUCUCAUCAUCAAAGACAGUCUUUCAAAAUCACAACCUUCGACUUGAGAGUGAGUCUUCCAACCAUGGCAAUCACAAGCACCAAACGCUGCAGUGAAGAAGACGAUCUGGAGAAGGAGGAUGGACGAAAACGACUGAAAGCUGGUACCAAGAUUUGCAAUGAAUAUGAUGGAUAUUCCUUGCAAGGCCAAGCCUCGCCCAAAAUAGACACGGUCCAGAUGUCUUCCAUGUCGGCCACUACCUUUUUCGAUCAAUACAUUCGUCAGCGAAAACCCUGCAUCUUGGAUGGCUUGCCGCCAACUACUACUACUAGUAGUAGUAGUAGUAGCAAUGAUAAGGAGAUUGCCAUUACACGAGAGUUGUUGGAAUCCGUGGCAGGCUCGCGCCCAAUUCAAGUGGAGAAGCGUGUUGGCCCAAAUGACAACUUUGGCCAGAAUCGAACCGCCACACGACAAGUGGCGAUGCCGAUCCGUGACUUUUUAAAGGCACUCCUGGAUAGCGACAAUGAACUCUUGUAUUGGUCCACACAAGAAGACACGGAUGAUCCCUAUAAUGUCCCCUGCCGGCAAUUGUUGGAGCAACACAAAAUUCCACCCCAAAUCAAUUUGGCGGGAAAUCUUGUGUUGAGUUCGUGCAAUCUAUGGAUGGGACGAUCCGGGCAGGGUGCCUCGUCGGGAUUGCAUCAUGACUAUCACGACAAUUUCUAUUGUCUCUUGCACGGGCGCAAGCGAUUUCGACUCUUGUCGCCCGAUGGUGCCCCCCAUUUGCACGUCUACGGACAAAUUGAAUGCAUUCAUCCCAAUGGACGCAUCUCCUAUGCGGGAAACGAAACUCGAGCCGAUGGAGUUCCACUCAGUUCUUUGGAAGAAAAGGACGAUGAUGAUGACGACGACGAAGAGGAAGAAGUUGUCUUGGGACAGGGUUUUGACUACAUCUCGGACGAUGAGGAAGAUCAAGAAGCUUUUGAGAAAUCCAACCAAAAGGAUGAUUUUGAGGAAAUGUUUGCGCAAGAUGAUGAAAAGAACGUCGAUGACGACGACGACAACGACAAUGACACCAGUCUCAAGAAUUCUUCUUCCAAAAACGACAAUUCACAGCCAGAGGAUGACAGUCACCCGGAUAGUUUUUCCCGCAUCAAUCCAUGCCAGGCCGAUCAGGAUGCCUUGCACAAGGAGUUCCCAUCGUAUGGCUCUCGUCGACAAGUGCUGAUAGAGUUACAGGCGGGGCAAAUGCUCUACUUGCCCGCAGGAUGGUUUCACGAGGUCACUUCGUACAGUAGUAAUAAGAACAAUGCUGCAUUGGGAGAAUGCCACAUGGCAUUGAACUACUGGUAUCAUCCUCCGGAUGAUCUGGAGAACUUUGACAAUCCAUACAAGGACGACUUUUGGAAAAAGGAAGAGCAGCAUCGACUCAAACUGUCGGCAAAGAAGAUGUAGUAGAGUACUGUUAUGUUAUAGAAUAGAUUCAAUUCAAGUACCACUUUCUGCAACAUCUUUAGUUAGGUAGCUUUUCAUCCUCGUUCCCGUGCU